CCAUGGUCACAUGAUAUUACUUCCUGGAUCACGUUUGUGUGUGCAGUGGCCAAUUUUUGCAGGCAAUAACAAAGGGAAUCUGCCAAAAGAAAUACGAUUGAAGGAGAAACGGCGUUAACUAAUAUAUAAGGAUAUAGCUAGCCAAGUCAAUUAAAUCAAUAGAUGCACAUUUCGGCAAUAUCUUGACAGAUUGCGGCAACGUCUUCGGUCGAUAACAGAUAGCUGUCCUGGCUAGCUAACGUUAUCUAGCUAUGUUGUUAGUUUAGGUUAGAGUUGUGUUAUAUUUGGCAAUAAAUCUUCAACAAAAAUCUAUUAAUAACCGGUUAGUUAGACGAUGACUAUCUCGAUACGAUAUCUUAACUGUUUUUUUGUUUUGUUUUUAAGCUAGGGAGCUGCUGUAGCUUGCUACUACUAGCUAGUUAGCUAGCUAACCAAGUCAGCAGAAUAUAGCCAGCUGUAUAGCCUCAAAUAACGUGAAACAGGUUGUUGGCUAGCUAGCUAACUGUUAGCGUAGUGUCAGUAGAUAGGUUUUCUAUUUGAACGGAGUAGGGCAUACACAAUUGCUGUAAAAAAUGUCAAAAUACACAAGUUUUCCGGAACCAGGCGACGACCACAACCCAUUCCAGGACCCUGCAGUGACCCAACACAGCAGCAACACUGAGUAUGCCACGCUGGAUCUUUACAACCCAUUUGACAAUAAAAAUGGGCCCCCACCACCAGCCUAUGCAGCCACCUCCCCAUCUGCCCCCCAACCUGUUCCUGCAACAACCCCACCCAGCAGGAUUACGCCUACAGAGCCCCGCAACUAUGGCACCUCCUUCACCCCCCAGACAGCGGUCAACGCCACCACAGCAGAGCUCCUGAGGAAGCAGGAAGAGCUGGAGAAGAAAGCCUGUGAGCUGGAGAGGAGGGAGAGGGAGCUGAACUCUCACGCCCUCGGCCCUGGAGCCACUCGUCAGAAUAACUGGCCUCCCCUGCCCACUUUCUGCCCUGUGGGACCAUGCUUCUACCAAGACAUCAACAUGGAGAUCAGCCAGAGCUUCCAACGCACUGUCUCCAUCAUGUAUUACUACUGGAUGUUCACUGCCUGCGCACUGGCGUUUAACUUAAUUUCCUGCCUGAGUCUGUUCUGUGUGGACUCUUCUGGUGGUGUUGGGCUGGGCCUGGCCAUCCUCUGGGUCCUCCUCUUCACCCCCUGCUCCUUUGUCUGUUGGUACAGGCCUGUGUACAAAGCCUUCAGGAGUGACAGCUCCUUCAACUUCUUCACCUUCUUCUUCAUUUUUUUCGUCCAAGUGAUUGUCUAUGUUAUCAUGACCAUUGGCAUUCCUGGAUGGGGUUUCAGCGGCUGGAUUGUGAGUCUGGCUGCUCUGAAGACUAGUGUGCCUGUUGGUGUGAUCAUGAUGCUCAAUGCCAUCCUAUUUACUGCCCAGGCUGCCAUGGGGGUUGUCAUGCUCAAAAGGGUCCACUCUCUGUACAGGCAGACCGGUGCCAGCUUCGUGAAGGCUCAGGCUGAGUUUGCCACUGGAGUGAUGUCCAAUCAGGCUGUUCGCCAGGCAGCUGCCAACGCCACUGCUUCUGCCGCCCAGGGGGCCUUUACUGGGGUGGCUCGAUAGAGGGAAGGCAGGCAAGUAGGGCAAGGGAGCUGGUAGGGAGAGAGGGGUAGGUAUGUAUGAGGGUGUACAGUACAAAAUAAGUAUGCAAGAUUUGGGUGUUUUGUUGAAUUGUUACAUUAAAGUAAGUGAAAGUUCUGGAAAGGGGUGGGACUUGAGUUUGUGAUGGAUGCACUGAAGUGAUGCUGCAUAUUUAACACUAAAUUAACAGCUGAACGGUUCAAUUAUCUGUUGCCGAUGCUAUCAUGUUUGCUAAAGUGAGCACUAACAAGUCAUUUGUUUUGAUAUCCCAAAUGAGAAUGCCUACCUAUUUACACACUAUCUUUGCCAAAAUUAUAACUUUAAAUGAGAAAAACACUUUGUUUUGGGUUGUAAUAUUAUUGCUAUUAUUAUGUUAUGUUGAUGCUGUAUGUGGUUGUCAUGAUCGUCAUUGUUGUUCUUUCUUGGUUUUAAUAAAAUCAGUUGAUAUGCUC